AUGUUCAUCGCCCUCCUCCUCUUCAAUCUCGCCGCCUACACUAUCACCGCAAUAGCGACUUCUCUCACCAGCACGCCCUAUGUCUCAUACUCCAACAAACUACGAGCAAAUGAUUGCGAGUGUCCUCUUCACGAACAGCAACAGGACUGGCUCCUCCCCGCACCAGCAAUCACAAAACUCUGCUUCAUAGCCAACUUAUUGUUAGGCUUGAUGAGCGGCGCUCUGUUGGUGAAUGCGUUUCUAUGGUGGAUGACUAGUGUUUCAGAGAUUUCUGUCUCUGUGAGGAAUUAUGCGCUAGGAUGUGGAAUUGGAGCCGGAAUCGUGGGGCUUGUGUUAGUACAUAUUCUGUUCAUUAAGAAGUUGGUAAAGAGCGGUGGAUUGCUGAUGGCUAUCAAUACUAUUCUCGGCUUGACUUUGAUGGGGCUGGCAUUUGGUACAAUUGGAGUGAGUAGAGCGUGGAGUGUGGACUCGAGUCAGAAUUCUCUAGAGAAAGGAGGUGUCGAACUGGACUUGCGAGGCGUAUUUAUGCAGAGCUUACAAGAAGAUCGUUCAGGCCAAGCGCAUAGUGAAUAG